AUAAUUGUAAGAGAGGAGAUGAAAAUGAUAAAGAUGAUGAUGCUGAUGGCUAUGAUGAUGGGAGUUGCGAUGGGAGAUAUUAUAGAUAAGACAUGCAAACAGACACCAGACUACACUCUCUGUGUCUCUCUCCUCCGCUCUGAUCCACGUAGCUCAUCCGCCGACGUCGUCGGCCUCGGUCUCAUCCUCGUCGACAAAAUCAAGGCGCUUGGGACUGAAACUCUCGGGCAGAUCAACGUGGCAUACAAAACUAAACCAAUGCUGAAACGCGCUCUGGAUGAAUGUAAUGGGAGAUACAAGACGAUCGUAGACGUCGACGUCAACACAGCCAUUGUAGCUAUCAAAGGAAACCCUAAGUUCGCCGAGGGUGCAAUUGUCGACGCUAGCGUGGAAGCCUCUGUCUGUGAAAGAGGGUUUCCCAAAGGUCAAUCUCCGGUAACCGGUUUAACCCAGAGAAUGGACAAAAUCUGUGAUGUAACCAGAGCCAUCGUCAGAAUGUUACUCUGA